AUGUCCCACCCGACCCCCUCCCCCACCCGCCUCACCACGGAUACUCCCUUAUCCCCAACGCAACUCACUCCCGACACCCCCUCAUCCUCCACCUUCCCUCCCAUCCCCGCCCGCAACCCCAGUCGUGACAACAGCAACAGCGAAUCCCAACGCCCAUCCCAGAACGAGGUCACGCUACAACAAGCACUGGAGCAAGGGCCGGUCACAGUGCCAAAGAACCCGAGACGCUUGUCGGAAUUUGAUGCAAAUCUUAGUAGACGCGAGAGGAGGAAGUCAAAGGCGUGGUCGGGCGAGAGCCAGGGCGUUUCAGACGGCUAUGGUGAGGGAGAAGGGGAGGGCGCGAGACGGAGAUCAGGGCCGUUGGAUGCCGAGGAGUUGAAGGUGUUUGUUGUUGAGAAGCUGAGGCGGAUAUCAAGGCUCUGGUCCAACUAG